AUGGAAGCUCCCGCGGGCACUUCGGUGGAGGACGCUGUCGACUUUCUACGAGCGGCCGAGGCUCGAACCUGGACUGUGGAGCUCCGUCUGUCUCAGCUCGAGCGUUCUUUCAAGGACCUGGAAGCUCGUUUAAACACCGUGCAGUUGCGUCUCUGCAGUCUGGAGGAAGAAUUUCAGACCUUUCAGGCCUCUCAGGCUCAACUGGUGGGCUCGCAAGGGAUUCCUCUCCAGUCAGAGGUGUCCAUUCUGCGGCAUCUCGUGACCGAACUUACAGAGGUCUCCAACAGAAUAUCGCCUGAGGUGGGCAGGUUGCUGGUGUGGAGACAACGCUUCACAGAAAGCUUGCAGGCCCAGCUCUUGCUGAUCGGGCACCAGUUCGCCUUAGCCUGUCCCCAGAUUGAUUUGAACACUUUGGACUAA